AUGCGGGUGUUGUUUUGGAAUAUCAAUGGAGUUGCACGUGAUGUAGCUCAAGAUAAACUAAAGGAGUUGAUUAGAGAUUUUAAACCUGAUAUUUUUGGUAUUGCUGAACCAAAAGUUCCCUGUUCUGCUGGGUUCAGAUAUGGUUUUCUUAGAGAAGGUUAUUCUUCUCAUGUUAUUAAUAAUUCUUCUUCUUCUAGUAUUGCUAAUAUUUGGGUUUGUUAUUCAAAUACUCUUAAUCUUUCAAUUGUUAAUGUCAGUAAGCAGGCAAUAACGGUUGAGGUGGAUGGUGUUCAUGUUUCUUUUGUCCAUGCUAGCUAUAUUCAGGUUACUAAGAGGAGUCUUUGGCAGCAACUUGUUAGUUCUGGUGGUGGUAUUCCUUGGUUAGUCAUUGGGGAUUUUAACUGUAUUCUUCGUUUGGAUGAGAAGAAGGGUGGUCUUGAACCUAGAAGCUCAGCUAUUAAUGAGUUUUCAGAUUGGUUGGAUGACAACAGUCUUUUUGAAGCUGAUGCUUUGGGAAGUAAGUUCACUUGGACGAAUAGACAAUCAGUUUCUGACCAUUCUACUCUUUUGGGUUAUCCUUUUGCUGUUCCAAGACCCAAAAGAGCUCCUUUUCGAGUUCAAAAGAUGUGGUUCUUACAUUCUGAUUUCCUUCGUAUGAAUAGAGAUAGUUGGAAUAUGCCUAUUUCCGGGUCUUUUGAUUUUAUUUUCAGUAAAAAAUUAAAGAGACUAAAAGGAAUUAUCAAGGAAUGGAAUAUUCGUGUUUUUGGUAAUGUGCAUUCUAGGUUAAAGCAGGAUCAGUUGAGGUUUGAGGCAGCUGCUCUUCUUUCUGAUGAUAACCCGGAUGACAUUACUAAGCUAAAUAUUAUGAAGGAUGCUAUGGCUAAACUUAAUGAUACUCGUGCUCAGUUGAAUACUAUGCUUAAGCAGAAAUCUAGAAAUAAGUGGCUUGUGGAGGGUUCAAGUAACACUAAUUUCUUUCAUAAUAGCAUUAGAAUUCGUAGAAGUUCUAACACUAUAUCUGAACUUGUUGACAGUGCAGGCAAUACUAUUUCUGACUAUGAGCUGCUUAGAAAUCAUGUUGUGCACUAUUAUGAGGACAAGUUUAAUGGGCCGGAGUUGGAGAUUGAUCCUAUCUUAUUUGAUUAUGGUCAUAUUAGCAUCUCGGAGGAGGAAAGUUUAGCCAUGGACAGAAUUCCAUCUUCUGAGGAGAUUAAACAAGCAGUUUUUGAUCUAGGGGCAAACAGUGCUCCAGGGCCGGAUGGGUUUUCUGGAUGUUUCUAUAGACACUGCUGGGAUAUUAUUCAAGAUGAUUUAUUAAGAGACGUUAUAUAUUGCUGGAAUUCUGGUCAUAUCCCAAAUGGGGUAAAUUCUAGUCUAAUUGUUUUGAUUCCCAAGGUAAGAGGUGCUAAUUCUCUUCGUAAUUUUCGUCCUAUUGGUCUCAGUAAUUUUUUCUUCAAAAUCUUUACUAAGAUCUUAGCUACUAGACUGGGGAGCGUUUUAGAUAAACUUGUUUCUGAAGAACAGGUGGCUUUCAUGAAAGGGCGUAACAUCCAUGAAAACAUUAGUCUUGCUUCUGAGUUGAUUAAUGAGCUUCAUAUCAAUCGUAAGGAUGGUAAUUUGGGCCUUAAGCUUGAUAUCUCACAAGCUUUUGACGCGAUCAGUUGGUCUUUUGUCUUGGAGGUCUUUCGUAGGUAUCAUCAUAUUGCAAAUGUGGUUGAGAAUAUUAAAACCCAGCUUGCUGGUUGGAAGGGUUUUCUUUUAUCUUUUCAUGACCGCAUUGUGCUUGUUAAAUCUGUUAUUUCGAGUUAUUCCAUUCAUAAUAUGGCUAUUUAUAAGUGGCCUAGCAAGUUCAUUGUGCAAUGUGAGCGUGCAAUUAGGAAUUUUAUUUGGUCUGGUGACUCUAAUGUCAGUCGUGUUGUUGUGGUGGCGUAUGAUAAAAUCUGUUUCCCUUUUGAGGAGGGGGGUUUGGGUUUAUCUCGUAUGGCUACUAUGAAUUUUGAAAUGUUGAUGAAGUUAUGGUGGAAAAUCAGCAUUAGAAGGGUUUAUAAAUAUGUGGAGGCUAACACUAAAGUUCUUCUUGGUGAUGGCAGGUCUACUUCUCUCUAUUAUGAUGUUUGGUAUGGAGAAAAAUGUUUUGCAGAGAUACUAGAUGAUUUUACUCUUGACAGAUUGGUUUUGGUGAGUGAUUGUUAUAGGGAUAACCAAUGGGUUUUCUCUGAAAAUCACUUGAACUGUUUAAUCGCGGCUGGUGUGGAUGUGCAUAAUCUUCCUUUGCCAAAUGGGGGUGAAGAUAAGAGAGUUUGGAUGCCAAACUUUUCAGGUGAUUUUUCGGUAAGUUCUGCCAAGGAACUUAUUCGUCAGAAACAUGGUAGAUUCAAUGAAGCGUCUAUGCUGUGGAGGAAGGAAAUUCACCCUAAACUUGCGGCUCAAAACUGGAAAUUUAUUCAUGCUCGUGCGUGGUCUUGGAUUUCUGGUAUCUUUGGUAUGUCAGAAAUUUUCAACAUUGUGGCUUCUUUCAAGGCAGCGACGGGAAGAAGUGCAAUUGUCCGUGACUUGUGGCUGGUGGCGAAUUUAGUAAUCAGGUCAGAACUUUGGGCUAUGCGCAACAAAUGCAUCUUUGAGAAACAGAAACCGAGCUGGAGUCUUUUUUCUAAAAGAGUGCUGAAGCUAAUACAAGAAUAUUCAGUCCGUCUAAAAGGGUUUAUGCGCAACAGUGUGGAAGAUAUGGUGCUGCUGGAUUACUUCCGUGUGGUUCAUAGAAGUGUUAGACACCAGCAGCCUAUUGAAGUGUUAUGGAAGCCUCCGGAUCUUAAUGAGAUUCUAAUUUGUUGUGAUGGAGCUGCGCGUGGGAAUCCAGGCAUUGCGGGAGCAGGAGUGGUGGCAAGAGACUCUAGCUGUGCAGUUCUUGGUGCUUUGAGUAUUGGUCUUGGAGUUACUACAAACUAUUUGGCGGAACUAUAUGCAAUUAUAAUUGGUAUGGAAUGGGCAAUGCAAUGGAAUUAUGAUCGUAUUUGUGUGCAAUCUGAUUCCUAUGGAGUAGUUCAAGCUCUACAAAGCUCUUCUAUUCCUUGGUUUGCAAGAACAAGAUGGGAGAGGUUAUGCAAUCAUUAUAUUUCUAUAAAGAUUAUUCAUACUUUCAGAGAGGUGAAUUUUUCAGCAGAUAAGAUGGCUAAGAAUGGUUGUUAUCUAGAUAAUGAAGAGGGAAUUCAAUAUGAAGGAAGACCUGAUUUUUUAAUUUCUGUUGAAAACCCUAAUGUUUCCUAUUUUCGUUUCAAGUAG